UCAUGAUGGGGUUGGACUGUGAAGAAAAAGAAAGGAGGGGCUGCAUGGUUCUAAAAUCCUAGAAAACUCUACUUGCUUUCUUGUUUUUGUCAGUGUAGCCUAUUGUGGUACGAAAUAGAUUAUUGGCCAGAUUAAUAAAAAACGCCGAUUGUUUUUGAGGAUAAAUUGCACAAUAUGUCCUAUUUGCCGUUCCUUGGGUGACACGUGGUUUGUUGGUCAGUAGGUCGACUGGUUUUUGGCGACGCAAGGUGGAAUCCACCCUGCAGCAGCAGCAGCUCCUGACCGCCACGACAGCAAGAAGGCGAAGAUCAUUAGCCUAAAGCUUCCUCUCGCCUCCUCCCCGAAGCUGAUGAGCACGCUCAUAGAGUUGCAACUGCUUUUGAAGUGGAUGGCAUUAUUCGUGCUCUUCGGACUCCUCAUCCUCAGUCCACGAACUUCUGCGUCUUGCAGGGACGCGAGGUCGAGCAGAGAAGACGCCGAGCGCUUUCGGGUUGAACAAGCUGCGGCUUUCAGACCCAAACGACCUCCACAUAUCAUCUUCAUACUGACAGAUGACCAGGGUUUCAAUGACAUCGGAUAUCACAGCAGAGACAUCCGCAGCCCGACGCUGGAUAAGCUGGCUUCAGAGGGAGUGCUCCUGGAGAACUACUAUGUCCAGCCGCUGUGCACUCCUUCCCGCAGCCAGCUCAUCACAGGCAGAUAUCAAAUACACACUGGCCUCCAGCACUCCAUCAUCAGACCACGUCAACCCAGCUGCCUCCCUCGGGAUGUGGUCACACUCCCUCAACGCUUACAGGAAGCCGGUUACUCCACUCACAUGGUGGGGAAGUGGCAUUUGGGCUUCUAUCGUAAAGAUUGUUUGCCCACACGUCGUGGAUUUCACACCUACUUCGGUUCAUUGACCGGCAGCGUAGACUAUUAUACGUACGGCUCAUGCGACGGCAAGUCAUUAUGUGGCUUUGACCUCCACGAAGGUGAGUCAGUGGCAUGGGGGAAAGGGGGGAAGUACUCAACUCACCUCUACACCCAGAGAGUGCGCAAAAUCUUAGCAACACACGACUCAACCAGUCAGCCUCUUUUUAUCUUCCUUUCCCUUCAGGCGGUGCAUACACCUCUAAAGCCACCCAAAGAAUACAUCUAUCCGUACCGCCGCAUGGGCAACGUUCCCCGCAGGAAAUACGCAGCCAUGGUUUCUAUCGUUGACGAGGCAGUCCGGAAUAUAACUUACGCGCUGCGAAAGUAUGGCUUCUACCGUAAUAGCGUCGUCAUCUUCUCCACCGACAAUGGAGCUCAGCCAUUAACAGGGGGCAGUAACUGGCCCCUACGAGGGUGCAAGGGGACAUAUUGGGAAGGUGGCAUUAGAGGAGUGGGUUUCGUGCACAGCCCCUUGAUACGCCAUCGAAGAAGGGUCAGCAGAGCCCUUAUACACAUUACUGACUGGUAUCCAACCCUAAUUGGACUUGCUGGGGGCAAUGUGUCGCAGCAUCAGGGAUUAGACGGGUUUGAUGUUUGGCCUACCAUUAGUGAAGGAAAGGAAUCCCCAAGACUGGAAAUUCUUCACAACAUCGACCCUCUUCAUCGGCGCAGUUGGGGCUCGUUGAAGGACGGCUAUGGAUUGUGGGACACCACCGUGCAAGCGGCCAUCAGAGUGGGCGACUGGAAGCUUUUGACGGGCGACCCUGGCCAUGGGGAUUGGGUGCCGCCCCAGGUGCUUACAAACUUCCCUAGCAGCUGGUGGCACCUGGAGCGACAGAUUGAAAAAAAAAGAAAAUCAGUUUGGCUCUUCAAUGUUACAGGCGACCCUUGUGAACGGCAUGACCUUGCAGCGAACAGGCCUGACGUCGUCAAGGAACUGCUAGCACGGCUAGCGUUAUACAAUCGCACUGCAAUACCUGUUCGCUACCCGCCAGAUGAUGCCCGCGCUAACCCCAGUUUGAAUGGCGGUGCAUGGAGACCUUGGGUGAGCGAAGACGAAGAGGAGGAAAACUGGGAUGGAAUUUAUUACAAGAGAGGAAAGAAUCGCAAAAGGAAGAAAUGUAGGCUCUGCAAAUUACAAUCAUUCUUCAAGAAGCUUAAUUUAAAGAUCAUGUCAAAACAAAUACAAGAUUCUUCUGCUAUUGGACAUCAUGUUUAAGAGCUGGAAAGGAAUAGUACACCCAGGACAUCCAAGAUGCGGGCGAAGAGAAAUUAAGGUUGUAGAGGAAAACAUGCUCCCCAAAGACUAUUUUCGACAGUCCAAAAUCCAUAUUUAGACCGUUUAAAAGUAAUCUACACGACCCCAGCUGAUAAAUAAGGGUUGUAAUGUAAAUUAUAUACUUUUUAUCUACAAAUGCUUGCAUUGGUCAAGUUUGGCUUAGUUCACGACCUCUUGUCUGCAAAUUGAAGCAUUUACUUGGUCACCUUUCUUUUAAGCUGAUGUCAAUAGUUGUGUGGUAUAACAUGUCUAAAAAUACAAAUAUCUCUCAAUUUAUGUGAACUUAUAAAAACUGCAUGUGUAUAAGAAUUAUACUACAAUUGUACUGACAAAUGCUGUUUACAGUAGUUUGAUUGUCUUUUAUUUCUUUUGAGAAAAUAAAAGGUCAAGUUAAUGCAAUGUUGCAACAUUUGGUGAAAUUAUAUGAACUGUGAAACUAUAUUACAACAAUGGUUUGAGCACCUGCAGACCUCUGUUGUUUGCAUCCUAUUUGCGUCAGACUAUAAUGCAAAAUUCAAAUGCCCAGCUGCUGAGCACCAGGAGACUACGAGGAGGCCAGGGCAGGACAUCAUUACAUUUCAACACUAUAUUACAAGUGCAAGCUGUUUUUCAGGCCCACUGGAUAUCUUAUAUAGUAUGAAAACAAAUCCCCUGUAGCACUGGCAUUGGUGGAUGGAUGAUAAGGUCUUGGGGUCAGGCCCAAUACCAUUUAGGAACCUCAUGUUGGAACUGUAUCAAAGAUCAAAGAUUUCCACAAACCACCCUCUGCCCACAAAUGCAUUCUGUGGAAGCAUGAGACAAAUCAGGGACAACCAACCUCUCUUUGUUGAAUGGAGGAACACAAGAGAAGUGCUGAUGUGCUCCUCCUUAUUUUCAGCAAAUGAUUGGAUGGACAAUAGACAGAAAUGGCUGUUUCGAUUCUUGUUACAGUUUCAAAUUCAGUGGUGUUGGGAAAAAAAUGUGCAGAUGUGUUCAUAUUUUAUGCUGUUAUUUUUCAUGAAUAUAUUCAUGAAUAUAUGAUUUUGAAAUACGUUUUUACACAGAAACAUGGAGGAUGUAUGAGUGGAUGUAUCUGAUGACCUCAUUGGGUAUUCAGUGAAAAAAU